AUGUUUACAUCAGACCGCAUUGACGCGGUGCUUAGCAUGAACAAGACAGACACCUACUACCAGGGUAUUCUGGAAUCCCUAGCAACCACGGCAAAUACAGCUGUUGAAACAGCCGUAUCGAUCACAGCCGCUACAUCAUGGUCAAGCACUAUUCGAUUGAAUGUCGGGGCUACAGCAGGAAUGUACCUCUUGACAAGUGACACCACCUACUCGGACUGGAUUAUCGAUACUAUCACGCUUUUAGCGAAUCUCCCAGACUGGGACCCGUCUGACUUCUUGAAUACCGCAGAUAUAGCCAUGACGGUCUCGAUCGGUUAUGACUGGGUGUACGAUGAGUUGACUGCCUCUCAGCGCAGUGUGAUUGAGUCUGCGAUCACUCAGAAGGCAUUCACGCCGGCGUUAAAUUCUUCCAUCAACUCGUGGAGUGAGCAUACCAAUAAUUGGGCUCAGGUCACCAAUGGUUGUCUUAUCAUUGCUGCGCUGGCGAUUGGAGACAAGAACUCAACACUUGCAAAUUCUAUCGUUGACUUCUCGUUCCCCAAGCUGAAUACUUCCUUGGAGCAAUAUGCCCCUGACGGAGGUUGGGUCGAAGGAUACUCAUACGGCACCUAUGCGGGCAUUUUUCUUGGCCUGACUAUGGGGUCUUUGGACAGUGCUUUGGGUGACGACCUGGGCAUAUCUGACUUGCCAGGCAUGAGCAACCUCGGAGCAUGGCUGACUCACAGUUUUGGUCAAACCGGUGGUUUUAGCUGGGCAGAUGGUGCCUGGACAUUCAGCAAUGCCAACAGCUUGUGGAGCGUUGGCUACUGGGCACAGAAGUUCAACAAGCCUGAAUGGCUACAAGGAAUGUUGUCGCGAUUCACAACAAGCGAAGCAGCGACAUUCCAAGCAUACUUAUUCUACAAUUCAUCCUUGAAGACACCCAGUGUUCUGUCCAGUAUGCCGCUAUAUGACCAAUUCGCUGGAGUUGCAGGCAUGACCUACCGAGCUUCAUGGACGGACUCCGAUGCCUGGUUCUUCGGCUUCAUGGGCGGUUACAACGGUCGCUCGCAUGGACAUCUUGACGCAGGUUCUUUUGUUGUGGAUUACAAAGGUUAUCGAUGGGCAGAAUUACUUGGAUCGGAUAGCUACAGUCUUACAGACUAUUUCGUCGGGUCUCGUCGCUGGACAUACUAUCGAUGCCGGAGCGAGGGUGCCAAUACGCUAAGCAUUUCGACGUCCUCGCAAACUCCUCUACAUUUCGCCAACCAGAUCCCCUCUGCUAAUAAUUCAUUGCGGUGGGUGGGCAGCUUUGACGAUUCCAGCCGCUUUGGUGUUGCCAAUCUGACCCAGGCAUACGCGAAUGUCACCACGAGUGUCAUGAGAGGUGUCGCGAUGCUGAACGGUACCCAGCUUUUGAUCCGUGAUGAAGUUCGGGCGUCGAGUGCAGUUGAUAUCGCAACCAGCUGGCAUACGACGGCGACAAUCACUCUGGGAACGGGCAAUAGAACUGCCGUCUUGACGCAAGGCGGCGUUACCAUGGAUGUGACCCUGGUAUCACCAUCAAAUGCCUACUUCCAGAUUGCUAAUACGGAUCCCUGUGAUGCCUAUACCCCCUGCUCUGAGGCCUCCAAUAGUGGAAUUUACAACUUGGCGGUCCGGUUAAGUAGCUUGACCAAGUCGGCCAAUAUAACUGUGGUUCUUUCUGAGUCUGGGACGGAUAUUGAAACCUUUGAUAACCCACUGGCCACUUGGUAUUCCUUGUGUACUCUGGGCUGUGAGGAAAUGGACAAUUAUGAGACUGCAUAUUGGCUUGCAAACUCUGAGAUUUAUUACUAG